GCGCUGUCUGCUUACACUGAGCUGGGGGUGUGGGUAGGUGGUAGUGUGUUGGAAAACCUCACACUAACUCAACGUUUUCUUCCCGUUUUAUGAUGUUCUCCUGAAAGACGGCACAGCUAAGAACAACCAUGCUGCAUGCUUGCAGAAACGCGAGCCGUGCAGUUGCCCAGCAGUGCCUGUGUGAUAAAGCAUCACUCCGUCCUCUACAACCUCUCCGGCGAUAUACAACACACAGGGAAUCUGGUGGUUCUGCAGGAAAAAUUGUUGCGGCCAGCCUUCUGUUUGUUGGGGGAGGAUUUGGUGGCACAAUAUUGUAUGCAAAAUGGGAUCCGAAAUUCCGACAGAAUGUAGAGCAGUCCAUCCCUUACGCUGACAAAGUGUUUGACGUCACCCUUGGCCCCGCCCCUUAUGCAGUGCCUAUGCCAAAGGCAACGACAAAACCAGGCCGAUUACAGAGUUCUUACAUGAGCGAGGUGGUAAAAGAAUCAAAGCAGCCCAAACCAAAGGGAAAGAAGAGUGAACCGGCAGAUGCUCCCCCAGCACCAGCCCCUGUGGAGGAACAGAAGCUGGAAGGGGAGAAGGAGUAUGAGAAAUGUGAGGAGAGAGGACACGAGGUCCUGCCGGCAGUGAAGGAACGCCCGCCUGAGGAGGUGGCAGCCCGGCUCGCCAAGCAGGAUCAAGAGGAGCAGGAGAAGAUUGCCUCUCUGGCGGCGAUGUUGGAGGAGGCUCUGGGCAGCACAGCCAGUCUCACUCUACAGGCCAUUGCUGCCCAGGAUGCUGCUGUACAGUCUAUCAACAGCCACGCCGGGAAGUUAAAAGAGGCUAUGGAAGAAACGGAGGCUUCGGCAGAGCAGAAAUCUUCUCAGUGGCGUGGCCUCGAGGAUGCUCUGAGUGAACGCAGCAAGGCACUGGAUGAAGCUGCUGACACCCUUCUGAAAGCCAAGGAUGGGCUGGAGAAGCUGCGAGGGGUGAUUGAAGAUGCAAAACAGGCUAAUAUCGCCAGAGCCAAGCCACAGAUUCUGUCUGCUGAGGAGAACCUGCACAACAUGCUCGUCGAUCUGGAUAAUGUCGUCAAAAAGGUCCAGGCAGCUCAGUCAGAAGCUAAGAUCGUAGCUCAGUAUCAUGAGCUUGUGGCUGUGGCUAAGGAGCAAUUCCAGAAAGAACUUGAUAGCAUCACCCCAGACAUACAGGCUGGAUGGAAGGGACUCAAGGUGUCAGAUUUAGAUGGCAGACUGACCACAGAUGACCUGAACUCUCUGGUUGCCCACGCUCACCGGCACAUCGACCAGCUGAACAAGGAGCUGGCUGAGCAGAGGGUCCGAGAACAGCAGCACAUCGAGACUACUCUGAGGCAGCAGAAGACUGAGCACAAGAGAGCUCUGGAGGUGGCCGUGGCCAAAGCAUUGGAGCAGUACCGGGCAGAAAUCCAACUGGAGCAAGAUAAGAAGCUCGAGGAGGUGCGGGAGGUGAUGGAGGUUGAGAUGAGGACCCAGCUGCUCAGACAGACGGCCGCCCACACCGACCACCUGAGGGAUGUGAUGAAAGUCCAGGAACAGGAGAUCAAAGCAGAGGUGGAGCAGGAGAUGGCACAUAGGCUGUCUGAGCAAGAAACCCACUUCAGACAUGUAACUCAGGAACAGCUGGAUGAGUUCACCCUGGACAUGAACGCAGCAUACGCCCGGCUCAAAGGGAUCGAGCAGGCAAUUGACAGCCACGCAAUUGCUGAAGAGGAGGCCAGGAAAGCACACCAGCUGUGGCUUUCCGUUGAAGCGCUAAACGACAUUCUAAAGACGACUUUGGGGGACAACCCUACGGAACCUCUUAAUACAUCAGUGCAGGCCAUGAAAGCUAAUUGUGCGGAAAACGAAUUCACCGAGACCUUAAGCACUGCCCUGCCGGAAGUGGCCCUGAGCCGCGGGGUGUACAGCGAGGCCUCCCUUAGGGUGCGCUUCUAUAUCAUCAGGAAGCUGGUCCGUCGAGUCGCCAUGAUUGACGAGACUAGAAACAGCCUAUACCAGUACUUCCUUUCCUACCUGCAGUCUCUCCUCUUGAUGGAACCCCAGCAACUCAAACCCCCAGCACAACUUUCCACUGAAGACCUGGACACGUUCAAGCUGCUCUCGUACGCCACGUACAGCAUUGAGCAUGGAGAUCUGGAGCUGGCAACUAAGUUUAUCAACCAGCUGAAGGGAGAGUCAAGGAGAGUGGCUCAGGACUGGUUGAAUGAAGCUCGACUGACCCUAGAAACUACACAAGUAGUCGGCCUCCUUUCUGCGUAUGCUAAUGCAGUGGGUUUAGGCACAACCCAGGUAGAAUAAUUUACUAAAUAAAUAUUUCAGGCAGCUCCCACUCUCCAAGUAAUAAUUAAAAAAAAAAAAAAAAAAGAUUAACAAAAUUCCUUGUGUAGCCAUUCCUGAAUAAUAUAUACACAAAAGGUAUACCAAUGAGAUUUGUGUAAAGCCCUGUCUAUACAGUGCAACAUUUCCCUUAUGUACAACAUACUGCAUGCAACAGUGUUCUGUUUGCCAGUAUUUUGUUACAAUGCUCUGUUUUUGCUUGAACUUCUGUCUACAAUAAACAGGUUGCGUAAUACAUUCAGCUGUGGCGUACUGUGUAUCCAGGGCUUAGGGUGUGUUUGUGACCUUGAUGCCUCAAGACACAUCAUUGGGAAUUAUCUACCUGCACUAAAGGCACUGUUUUCAAUGCACUGUUGGUGGUGACCUCACUGACCACCUGUCACGGUGUUUCAGUUGUUGGCUAGAGCCGACUCAAUGAAUGCAGGAAUGCUUUGUCUGCACCUUGGUGUAAUGUUCUGAGUUCCUGAUUUUAAUUGAUUGGGCUUUGUGAUGUGAACCUACUUACUUGUUUUCACAUUGUUGUUGAUUCAUUUCCAACCUACUGGUAAAUACCAAUAAAACAUAAACAAAGUUA